CUCAUCAUCUUCAAGUGGCAGCCAGGUCCACUCAUAGGGCGGAGCUUUGGUCACCACCUGGCAAUGCUCUGCUCUGUGCGAAUGGGCAAUAACUGCCACCUCCGCAAAAAGCGCAUCUUUGCCCUCCCUAUCUGCAGUGCUACCUUACUUCGAUCAGAGUGUGUUAGCAUGAACAUAACCAUGCCUAGACAUGCCCGGACAUGCAAGUACUACUAGUAGUGCUACCUGGCAUGCUACCCGCAAAAGCUGCCAUCGGCAAAUCGUCGAAAAGCUUGGCCCUUUGCAUGACAUCCGGCACCACUCACCACUCGGGGUGCUUUGCAACUGACCCCAACUUGUGUCUCUUACCCCGACCUGUGCCUCAGGUUGCCAACACUAGAGCUAAUAAUUAUCAGAUCCUUGCGCCAGAAGCGAUCGACUAAACUUGCUUCGAUGAGACUACUGGAAGCAGUGCUAGGCACGGAAAACUUCCGUAAUCAUAAGCAUUUCUAAUCCCACGAAACAGCCAGGACGACCAGGACUACUCCGUACCACUGCUAGCUCUCCUGGCACGUUCUGCACUACUCAGGUGCCUUUGUGUAGGUGCCUGGCAACCUGGGCUCGAGAUGAUCAUCGCUUCGGCGCUAACGA